AUGAGCGCCACUCCCUCUGGCCCUUCUGGCUCCACGCCUACCGGCGCCAGUGCGAGCAACACCCCGAACGGCAGCGCCCCGUCAGCUUUCCGUCGCCCGCCGAAGCCAAAGGCCAACCCCUUAGUCCAGCCGAAACGCGCCAAGGAUAAGCGUGCGUUGGCAAGAAGACCUGCGCCGGCUGCUGCGAAGCCCGGUGGUGCUCCUGCCAACGGCGCCGCCGCCCAGCAGAAGCCCGCGCCUUCCAGCAACCUGUACGAGAACUUUAUGCCGCCCGCUGGCGCCAACGUGAAGGCGACGCCGCUUUUCACCACCAAGCGCGCGCUUAUGGAGGGCCUGAGGCACCACAUCGUCAAGUUUCAGUCGAGAAAACCCAUCAAUCCGACCGACCAGGAAGAGUUCACCCGCCCCAUUCGCCUGCACAGACGCGAUGCUGCGCUUGGAAAGUCCGGUGCAGGUGCCGACUCUGGGGGAGAGGGCGAAGAGAAUGACGAGGAGAUAAAGGAAAGGCUCCGGAUAGACGCUCUGAAGGAGGAGAGGCGCCGGAAUCGCGAAGAGAUACAGGCCCAGAUUGCGCCCAAGUCCAAGGGAAGGACAUUUGUCGACAACAAGAAGAAAAUCCAGCAGGUCUACGAACGGAACGAUACUGCCAAGUCCGUCAAAGCUUCGCGCCUGCGCUAUGAGGAAACGCUGCCAUGGCACUUGGAGGACUUUGACAAUAAGAACACCUGGGUCGGUGCAUACGAGGCUGCCCUUUCGGACUGCCAUGUCAUGAUGGUCGGGGAGCAGACCGUUAACCCGCAGACGGGCGAGGUGACGGACAAGUACCGCAUGGUCCCCAUUGAGAAAUGGUACAAAUUCUCCGCAAAGGACAAGGCCGUCAGCAUGUCGGUAGAGGAAAUCGAGAGGCAGGAGAAGGGCGGGGUUGCUCUGUCUCGCUGGGCUCUUGUCCCUCAGGGCGAGCCUAAAAAGACCAACGUUCCCAAGUGGAUGCGAGAGAUGGAUGCUCAGAAGCAGCUCAAGCAGAUGGCAGAAGACAGCGCCAUAAGGUCUAAGGGUCUGUUCACCCGCAGUGGAGGCCGCGAUGACGACGAGGGCCCCAAGAGGCGCAGUAAGGAUGAUGACGACUGGAUGAAGACCGAAGCUGCCCCUGAUGCCGACAUCAUCGAUUAUGACGAGAAAGAGGAGUUUGCCGAUGAUGAGGAGGGCGUCAAUGGUCUGUUCGAGGGCGAUGACGAGACAACAAAGGAUGCGGAGGAGAAGAUCAAGCGUGAACAGUUGUCGGCAAACUUCUUUGCGAACAAAGAAGAGAAGGACGUAUGGGAGCAGGAGGAAGAAGAAGCUUUGGAGGCUGAGUUGAAGAAGAAGCUGGAGAAGAGCUUGCGUAAGAAGAUUGUCAAGCGCGAGAAGAAUUACAACUACGACCUGGAUGACAGCGAUGCGAACCCUUACUCUGAAGAUAGCGAGUCGGAAGAUUCGGAAGCCGAGCGCCAAAAGGAGGAGGAGCGUAAGCGUGAAGAAGAGAAAGUUGCAGCGGAGAAGGGCAAGGGCAAAGCUAGCGAGACCACGGAGAAGACUACAUCAGGCACCUCCACCAAAGGCAGCAACACGCCCUCAAACCGUCCAAAGACUGGCGACCCGCUCAAGCUGUCCUCAUCGCAAGCUCUUAAGCGCCCCGGUUCUCCCAACCUCUCCGAGCAGAGCGGUAACGAGUCUUCACGCAAGAAGCAGAAGAAGUUCGGUGGAGGUGGCAGUGACAGCGAUGCCACUGACAGCGGCAAGCCACUGGCGUCCCGGGUCAAGGCAACAGCAAGCUCGCAAGCGCCAACCCCUGGCGGGAGCCGUGCUGGUAGUCCUGUCGUGGGUGCUACAGGCAGCCGUGCAGGCAGUCCAGCUGCCGGCGCUGCCGGCGCCAAGCCACGUACCCCUGCCAAUUUUGGCCAGUCUCCAACAGUCGAAGAGAUCCGCGCUGUCAUUCCUCCCGAGGGUGCCAGCAUGCAGCAUUUGAUUUCCAAGUUCAAGGGCCGCUUCAAGCAAGGCAGCCCGAGCCAACACCAGUUCAUUAACAAUGUCAAGGCGGCCGGUCAGUACGAUAGGAACACGAAGAUGAUUUUCCGGAAGCCAUGA